UUAGAACAUCUACACAUUAGAACCUUAUCACAAGUUACUGGACAUAUGUGCAUAAUAUGACCUUGACAUCACCUUCACUGAAUGCCUCGAUAUUAGCUUCCUCAAUUCCACUUCAUUCCGAUAAUGUCAAAUACCUGGCGUACGAAGGUGACCAUACUGCCGUUUGGGAUGUCAGGAGAAAGAUUAUAGAGGAAGAUGAAGCCAACCACACGGAAAUCUUGUUCUCGACAUUGUGCGCAGUGCAAAUUGUCUCUCGGAGCAUCCAUCGACUAUGGCUGUUUUACAUAGGAAACUACAGUAACCCCAACUCAAAGCCACUUCAAGAUCAGAGGUUGGUAAAAGUCUUUGAAUCGACUAUCGUUCCCCGCUAUCUGUAUCCAUGCUCCGAGGAAUGCUCUUUCCAUGAUACCCCAUGUAUCAAUUGCCACUCUCCUGACUAUCACUCGACGUACCCGGCUGCGAGAUAUCUGCCCAGACGACCAUGGCGUCGGCCGUGGCAUGCUUUCCUUGACGCAGUCCGUGCUGCCCUUAUUCGUGGCGUCAACUAUAACAAUACAGCUUCGGAUGAAACUCAAAAGCAUUGGGCAUUAGCGCUGAAGAAUGGAUUCAUCGUCGCGAAUAUGACCAUGAGGCCAGACUCGGACGAAUGGGUAACGUCUGGUUGGGAACAGACAAGGCCGCUACUUUACGUGCACGUACAGAUACAUCCCACCUUAGAUCCGUCUCCGAGGCUCAUUGUGCAUCCUACGGUAUUACAAACACCUUAUUGCACUUUGGGUCAGAGACCCAUUGCAGGUACCGCUUUGACACUGUUACCGCACGGUACACCAGCUUAUUUCGUCGCGGCCUACUCCGGUCCUACGUCUGCCUUGACUGCUCAGUUUCGAAAUGCCCUCCGUGGCCUUGCUGUGGAUGGAUGGGAAGGUCCCGAUUGCUCGAAGAGGAACAGCAGAGGCAGAGGAGAGGCUCAGGAUGUGGUCAAAUAUGUGAUCGUCUUUAUUCCAGUCCAUACUGGCAGCGAAGGUCACAAAGGCUUGACGAUUAUAUACCCUUCUCUCCUUGCAUUGGCUAUUCCUCCCAGUGUACGACCAACAAUGAAUGCAUCUCUUCUUCCAACGUUGCCAGCGCCUCUUCAACCCUCUCCAAUGGUUCCGGCUGCAAUUGUAUCUGGUACCCCUUCAGUGGCCACAAAUGGUGCGCUGAGCUCACCUUUAGCUGGACCAAGGUCAGCGUACCAAUUCCCUCCCCUUGGCCCCUCAUAUCCCCCAGCGACAGCAAAUACAUUUCCAACGCUGAAUUCCCCUGUUGUAUUUGCCCCUGGUCUCAAUCGUAAUCAACCACCACCGCAGCGGCAGCAACAAUUACAACCACCUCUAUAUUCACAAGCCGCUAAUAAUUCAGGUAACAUAGGAGGCACAGGAACUAACGCAGGUCCUGGAACGCCAUUCCCACUCUCUACUUCUGCCCCUUCUACUUUGGCCUCUCCGUUCACACAGUCUCAUUCUGUGUCACCCUCAAUGGACUCUCAUACGAAUCGCAGUGGGACUUUAUCAAAUAAUGACUUGUUACGAGCGCAUCGAGUUGCUAGCACAGCAUCAAGACUGUUUGCUCUCGCUUCCCCAUCUCCUGUGAACACCCCAGCUGCUGUGCCCACUCCCGGAGUACCGACGCCCGGUACGGUGAGUGUACCGACGCCUGGCGGUCGUUCUUCACCAUCUUCCCUUCCUUUGAUGAACAUACCUGGUUCCACCACGUCGACCCUUCACCAGACAGCUGCCGAAGUCUCUGCGUAUGUUGAAUAUGUUGCAAGAGAACGAGAGAAGGAACGAGAAAGAUUGAAGGAAGUUCAAGCGCAGCGGAAUCGGGUAACAUCCUCUAGCUCAGUGGCUAACAGCGGUGCCUCAACGUCUGCUAGUUCAAAUUCCAACUUUGGCCUCCGAUCUGUGCCGCCGAUAUCCAUUCCUCCCUCAAUUCCUCCUCCGUUCACUGGUGCUAUCAUGCAUUCCGGGACAGAUGCGCAGUUGUUUUAUCCCUCUCCGCCGACGAAUCCUCCGUCAGUCUCAGCCGCCGGAGUUGCAGUGAGUCCUACAGCUUACCAAGGAACGGCCCUACUUCCGCAAAUACCGCAAGGUCUGCCGUCAAUGCAUGAUGCAAGUGUAGCGAGUAGCAGGAUUUCGCCUUCGGUGUCAGGAACCACGUCCGAGGUCAAUAAAAUUGUUGAAGGGAUUAUGGAUAUAUCGACGAUCGAAAUUUCUCAUGAUACUACACAGGGACCGCUUCCAGAGACUGAUGCCUCUGGUACAGACAUAGACAAUGGCAUCGUCAACACCGGUCUUCCUCUGACAAAUGUCAGUGCACCUCCGCUUGUAACUACUGAGAGAUUAUCCUCCGCUCCUAUGACUGCUCCAGAACCCAUCGUCCGAUCUGCUCCUGCAACGAAUUCAGAUCCAACUUCAGGCUGGACUUACUUUGGUAGUGAAGGUGCAGAUUUUGAUGGAUUAGGGAUGCUUGGAAACAUCGGCAUGAAUGGGAUCGAUAACUUGACUGGAAAUGGAAUGACUACAGACAAUGUGGACAUGACGCUGUUCGGUGCCGGAGGAGGUAACACGUUCAAUUUUGAAAAUCUAGAUUCUUUCGGAGGCGGGAUGGAUUGGAAUAUGGAUUCAACUUUCAGUUUUGGGUCCGGCCUCACUCCAUCGACUUCGACUUCGGACCAAGUAACGAAAUCUAGUACAGGCGUCCAUACCGGCAUGUAUGCAGACACACGUUCAACCAAUACUUCUUUUUCCUCUUUCCAAAGCGCAGAUGUUUUCAGUCAGCCGAUGCCUCCACCUACGGCUCCGGCUGUUACCGCUCCAACACAGACAAACGCAUCAGGUACUCAACAGCUUGGCGGAGGUCCUGGUUCAGGUCUCGGUAUUGGAAUGGACUUUGAGGCUGAUUUCACGGACGAUGAUUUCAGCUUUUUUGACAACAAGGCUUCUAAUACAGUGAAUCCAGUGGAGCCAACCUCGGAUUCCUUGAUCUUGUCUGCUUCCGCGCCUCCGAAUGCAGCAACAAGUCCAGAUCCUCUAGCGUUCCUCAAUUCCGACGAUUCUUCGUCGUUUUUCAGUAGCUUAGGUUUGGCGCCUCCUCUUCCCAUUGGUUCAGCCCCUACUCCAGGGUUUUAUGGAUAUCCCUCUCAUCCUACGCCAUUUUCCAUAUCUCAUCCCACACCAGGUGGCCCAACAGGCUUCACCCCACUCACAGUUGACGUCGAAGUCGAAGUGGAAAUGAACCCUGGUUUACCCUCUCCGCCCGAGGAAACAAACCAUCCAUUUGCUAGGGCUUAUGAAGUCCAGUUAGAGCAAGGAACCGAGACUUCCCCAUUCCGCCUUUCUUCUGUGCACACACCACCUCCCACGCUCACUAGUUAUAGUCCACCAGCACCAUCUUCACCCUCUAAAGACAAGAAGUUUGCACCUAUCCCGUUUGCUAAAUCACAUUCUCAAGCAGAUGGUAAAUAUCGAGUUGCUGGAGGCAAAUUUGCCUUGUUGAGGAACUCCGGUAGAUGGUUGCAUAAAAAAUAUCGUCCAGCGUAUUUCACCCUGGAUGCUCCUAGACGCGCGCGCGCCGCAUCGUGGACGGGAAUUAUGCAAGGUGAAUCGUCUAACGGGUGUUUCGGAGAACAGGUGGAUCUUUCUGAGAAAGAUAGUAGGAUAAAUGGACCUAGUCAAGGAAGAUGGUGCCUCCCUAGUCCUCCUGUGGAUAGUGAUACCACAGACUCUUCAGCAGGUGAAUCAGAUGAUGAUCAACCUCAUACAUCUCUCGAACCACCACCACCUCCUACAUCUAUCUCAGACGCUUCUCCACCUCCACCUGGUUCCACUGACAUAUCGAUGUCCUCCUCUUACACACAUAAGACAUCCCGUCCAGGAUGGCGACCCCGGUAUGAUCGCGCUACUGAUCCGCGUAUCGGUGUGGUGCGUAGGCUCACUGGGAGCAAACAGAGGUCGAAGAAAAGGUUGAAGAGAGCUGGUUGGUCUGAAAUUCACACAAGACCAAAGUGGCUGAAAGACUGGGAAGAUGACACCGGUAGACAUAUUGAUGUUGCCAAUACGGGCCAAAGCCAAGAAGACGAGGCUGAAGAUGAUGAAGAUGAAGACGGUGGAACUGCCGACGAGGAACAGGACACAGAUGGAGGUACCCUUGAAGAAUUGGAUGAUACUCCUGAUAUGAAAGCAUCAAGGAGAUCUGGUGGAAGAGAAUGGUCGCGUUCAGCGACUCCUCUUCCCGCUUAUCUUCCUCCUGGACCGAGCCUGGUAUCAACGUGCUUCCAUUGGGUUCAUCUAGCUAGUAUGGCUGUAGGAGAUAACGUCAGUCAAACUUCAACAAUCGAAGGGAUGAUUCAUGACUCUGCUCCAACUCCAAUUCAUCUCAAUCGAGGCGUUGGAACUACCCAUGGAGGUAUGUCCUCAAUUCUUUUGAGUGUGAGUGUACCUGUCUCAAUCCUGCGAACAAAUGUAGCUCCCACCCCUGUUUCUCCCGUGGCACUAGCCGGAUCCUCAGCAGCGUCUUUCCCCACGCCCGCACCGACUUGGCCUCAAGCGUUGACCCCCUCCGCUGAUAUUGACUUCAUUCCAGAAGAGGAGAAAGCAUGGUCACUGGAGACUGCUGUAAACUGUAUUGCGCAAGAAUGUGUGGAAAAUCCCUUCUGGGCUGAUGCAUGGAAGUCAAUGGAUGAAUUCAUGGGUAAUUCGAAAAACGGUGCCGUCAACCCAGAAAGCUCGAGAUGUAGGAAUGGACGUUGUCCCGUAGAACUGCAAUGGGACAUAAAUGAAUCUCUGGAGUGCGUUUGGCCAAGUGACGUUUAUGGAGUCAAGCAGCUUCUUGCGAAAGCCGUUUUAGGUGACCAAAUGCUCAGUCUAGGAGAUUUAUUCGAGGCUUGGUCUCCUCCCACACCAGAAUCUACUCCUAAGAUGACCUCAUCCACUCAAACGUCCCGACCUAUUUGCUCAUCAGGAUCGACGCCUUCUACCUCAUCUUGUAUACUGACUCCGUUGUCUCCUCCCCUACUAUCUGUUGCUAAAUCGGAGGCCAUCAUUCACAUCAUGCCAGCCGCCCUUCGAUUUUGGGACAAACUUGGUCUUGGGCCAAAGAGUGGCAAGAAAGAUGUUACUGUGUUCGUACUAUAUGAACAAGGAUAUCCUGAGGCAGAACAACACGACAGACUUGGGAAAGCUAAGAUUUGGCGUGAUGAACAGAUAGGAUUUUGGCUGAGAAAUGCGUGCGCGCUGUACAAGGUAAAACGUCUAGGAGAAAUGUUCCUUGGUAAAAGUAGUCUUUGCCAGAAGGAUGGGCUUGUGUCCUUUCAGUUUGGUACAUCUUUCAGGAGAAGCUUGACUUCUUUCAUUGCAAGUCUUCCUGCGCCAAGAGACAGCUUUGUUUUCUUCAUCCUCGUGCCGCUCGCUGUCAUGAAUCUCGCUUCGGAGACCCUUCACCAUGUAUCUUCAACUAUCAACAAAGUCCUCUCGCAAUAUUCUGAGGUUCAAGCUGUUUUCCAACUCAUCCCCGAACCUUACGUUCUCAAUACUGUUGUGCAUCCUUCAUCCCUGCACGACUUUCGCUCGGAAUCCUUUGUACACUCGGUGUAUAAUCGGAUAUUGAUCCCGACUGAUCGAGCGAUGUCAAGAAAGUUCUUUACAUAUGGGCAAAGGGAGAAGAGGUAUUUCGAAGUCCCAGCAUUCACCCUCGCUCAUUCAUUGAGCGAGAACAAAGUUUCUUACUCAUCCUCAGUCGACCCUGCUCUCGACGUGCUAGACAGGCACACCUUCCUCCAUGUUGGAUAUCGAAUUAGCUUGUGCGGGAGAUGGAUCCUUGCAGCGUGUAUAGACCAACGAGGAGAAGCUCAUGCUAUGGGCGUCUGGUCCACGCAGCCUUAUACACCUACGGAUAAGAAUAAGAAGAAUGACGAUUCCGGUGUGGAUGUUCCUGUGAUUUCGGAUGAAAUGUAUAUUGUCAACAAGGUGUGGGAUUUUGCUAUGCAGCUUGCAGAGAAAGCAAACGUAGAGUGGAGGAUCGUGAUCGCAAAAUCGGGUAACAUGAGCGUUAUCGAGUUAGAUGCGUGGAUUACUCAUUUAUACACCGCCCUGCAUUCAAACGUGCAAGCACCUAUGCAUGUUUCUUUACUAAACGUCGAACAAUCAGUCCCAUGGAUUAUCCUUCCAUUCCCUGCACCUCAGUCAACCGGCCACUCCGCGCCAAAUUCAAAGAAUCCCACCUUAUUCCGCUCGACCCCAGGCUCAGUGAAAAUCUCAUCCAAGAAUCAGUUCUUUGUUGAUACUGCUACGACAACAUACGGGCUUUUGCAGAAGGAUACUCUCCCAAUCAGUGUUCCGCCUACUUUAAAUGAUAUCGGUCUCUCCACCGAUCUCGUUAUCAAUAAACCCCUCUCGAUUGAUGAUGAUGAUUACUCCCUAGUCGAUGACUACCCCUUGCUUCCCUUGAGCAGCUCCACUCUCAUCUGCAUACCUGACUCCUCAGUACUCCCGCAAAUGGUUAAUAUUCAUUUGAUAUACGCUACCAAAUCCGAAGAAUGCGCCUAUCCCAACAUCACUUCAGAUGCGGCCGAUUCUCCUCAGAACCUUCUUCAUGAUAUCACCAAUUCCUUCUAUUCCCUGUCCGUCCUUUCAACUGCUAGACGGGAUAUUGCUGGCACCUCCCUACCUUUCCAUUUGAGCGCUGUCGAAACAAUGCGGAAGGCGUUGUCUACACGGAAUGGUGUGGAUUCUAUACGCUGAGACUCUUUUACCUUUAUGUUGUCACCCUGCACAUAUCUGCUAUUCCUUUUUGCUAGACUGCAUAUACUUGUAUCAUCAUUGUUGCUCG